GUUUAUUGUAAGCAGCAUUGCAGCGCCGUUCAGCCACUCCUUUUGAUCAGUGAUCAUAACCGUUACGCGACAGUUAUGGUCUCAAAGAUUCCUCUCAGUGGACCCGACGAUAGCAUCGUGGAUAUCUUGCAAGGAAGGGAGCGCAUCGUAUCUUACCCUGGCACAAGUCAGUUCAAUGGUCGCGGUAUAUCUGCAUGUGGCCUUGCAGCCAUGAAUUUUGCGAGAGUUCUCUCUGACCUCGUUCACAUACAUAGUCAGGACAGGAUGAUAGAUCUGCUUCGAGCUAUCACCAGCAAAGAGGUCAUUCAAGACAUUGUCUCUAUCUGCUCAGGAUGGUCAAGUGACUUGCACUUGGACGUGGAAGAAAUCCAGCAGGUUCCCUUAUUCGAGAAGUCUCUGAAGCAUGUAUCAACACGGUUUGGUCCCCCAAAGGCGAAGUAUUUCAGGCGUACCCUGGAAUAUAUGCAAACCUUGAGCUCCUCGGCUACUGUCAUCAUCACCCGCCCUCCUGAGAUCAUCGCAUGCACGCUGAUUAAAGGAUUAGAGACGGAUGUCUUCGUGAUUUUUGAUUCUCACCCGCGGCCAAGCUAUCCAGCUGGUUCUGGCCUUAUUCUCAAUACAUCGAUUGACCAAGCGGUCUCACGCUUGGCCAGCAUAUUGCCUGCUAUCGACAGCCAUCUUCUUUCCCUGAGUGGCUUGCAAUGGCAAGCUCAGCUGCUUAAUAACGUCUCGGGCCAUAUCUUUAUGUCAAAUGGACCACCUUCAGAUAUGCGAGGCAUGCAGCACACUGUCGUUGAAUCCAGCCUAGCCGUUCUGAGAUUGCGAGCCGAAGUGGCCGAGUUGACGCAGAAAAAUGAGAGGCUGGCUGAAGAAAACGCGACACUCGAAGAAGAGGUUCAACGCUUGGAUGAUGCUUUGAGCAUUGAGAGGAAGAAAGUGGUGUCGCUUCAGGAACCCUCCAAGAUCGUGCAGAGCAGCAGUGAACGACACUUCACUUCAAAGCCUCUCCCUUCGCGGCCCUCAAAUGGAAUAGCUGGAUCAUCACGGCUGGCUCCGCUCAACUUCUUGUCCUCGUCCUCGUCCUCGUCACCUAACAAAGUAACGAACAAGGGUCGCGGUCGUGAUGCAGAUGCAUGGUCAUCGCUUUAUGAUACGGUCAAGGAAGAUCUAGGGCAUGAGUGGGGGCUUGACAGCCUGAAUUCAGCCGCAGCCCUCGAGUUGCAGCAAUCUUUUGACGUCGAAGAUUUGCAACUUCGAGAUCAGAUGCAGACUCUGGCUGCCUCACUCCCACACAUUUUUUCGUGCGUAAUAUGCAUGGAAGAACAACCUGUGGACGACAGUGUGGAUCUUGAAUGUGAUCACUCGAUAUGCAGAACUUGUAUCCGAGGACAUAUUUGCUCUAAGAUCGAAGAACAUCGUUUUCCAGUCCUGUGUCCCGUUUGCAUGACAGAAAAUAAUAACCGUCAACCUGCAGCGAUUUCGGGACUCCUCGUGCAGCAAAUUGGUGUCAAUGAGCGGCAAUAUACGAUUUGGGAAGACAUGGAACUAAGCCAGCUUUCAGUUCUCCUUCACUGCCGCAAAUGUCAGCGUUCAGUGCCAGUAGACAAACAGGAACAUGAUGAAUCUCGCAUGCUGGUUUGUCCUCUGCCCGAUUGUGACCAUAUUUGGUGCAAAGCGUGCCAGCAAUCUUUCAUAAUUGGCGGUCCUCCCCACUCUUGUGACGGCACCUCGGAACUGGACCAUUUAAUGAAGCAGCGUGGGUGGAAGUAUUGCCCAAACUGCAAAACACCGGUCCAGAGGGACGGGGGAUGCAGUCAUAUGACCUGCAUCUCCCCGGCCUGCAACACUCACUUUUGCUACAUUUGUGGACAAAAUAUUGUUCGUAGCGCCUUGCAAAGUGACAUUCGGACCGCGGUCGCUGCUCACUAUCGCGCUUGCAAACUGUUUGAUUACCCCGAGUGAGGCACUCGGCAGUAGUGGACGGGAGUGUUGUAGGUUUAAGUGGGUUACAAGUCGGACUGUAACAUCUUUGUCGUAUAAUUCCAGAAAUGCAAUUUGAGCCUAUGGCAUGAGGGACAG